AAAAACAUUGUUGAUUCCAUGAACAAGCUUCUUCUUCUCUCCCGACUUGUUAUUUUCUUCUUUUUCUUGCUUAGUCUUUUUAUAUCAUAUAACCUUUUACUUUAUUCCUAAAACUUAUAUGAUAUUUUUCUUCCUAAAUCCCAGAUCGAGUAAUUGCAAACUCAAAAGUGGCUAAUCCCGUUGGUCUUAUCCAGCUUUAUCCUUAACCUUAGGUUUAGGUACCUUUACGUGCCUGGAGUUUUGACAUCAUAUCGAAAUCUUAGCGCACCACCUAGCAACCUAGACAACCUAACAACAACCUACCUAGCUACUAGGUACUGCUAUUUACCAAGCCGCUUUCCAAGACGGGAUCCAGCACAACGUCACCCGCGUCUGCCCCCAUUCUUGUUCCUUGGAAAACCACCACUCACAUCUUGUACCUCCGCCCUCUUUUAAUCCGGCUCUCCUAAAAAGUCCUCCGCCAUGGUUCGCAUUAUCCCUCAACGAUUAAAAACCUACACCUCUAGUUCCACCAUCAAUUCUACCACCAAUAGCCGCAGCACAAGUCCCAUGCCGACGAAACUCGAUGCAGCCGUUUCGGAGGGGCGUAAGGACACGGGGUUGGUAUUGAAGAUUGUCAUACUUCGAGCCAGGGAUUUAGCUGCCAAGGAUCGUGGAGGCACAUCUGACCCUUAUCUCCAACUGACCUGCGGCGAAACUAAAUUUCUUACACAUCAUGUCCCGAAGACCCUAAACCCCGAAUGGAAUGUCAUCUGUACCGUACCUAUUACCGGCGUAGAGAACCUACUGAUCGACUGUAUUUGCUGGGACAAGGAUCGCUUUGGCAAGGACUAUCUGGGCGAAUUCGAUCUAGCCCUCGAGGAGAUUUUUGCGAACGAGAAAACCGAGCAAGAAGCAAGAUGGUAUCCACUCAAGAGCAAGAAACCGGGUAAGAAAUCGAAUAAUGUCUCAGGGGAGGUUUUGCUACAAUGCACCUUAUUCGACUCGGCAAACAAGGAUGCGACAGAUGCCCAGAUAUUAGAAAAGCUGCAUUCGCUUGCUACCGCUUUACCCGAAACCACAUCCCACAAUGUCACCCCUAAUAUGACACCCAGGCUUAGCCCGACCUCGAUGCCGAAGCUUGGCUCAUCCUCGUCUCCCCAGUCGAGUCAGAACACCACCGACGGAUCUCAGGACGACGAAGAUGAUGACGAGAUUUUGGACGACGACGAGACUCCCGAGGAUGAGGACCCGAGCAAGCCCGAUGCUCUUGAGAAGAGGAAGAGACGGCUUAGGAUCAAGGGUUUAAAGCGUAAGAGAAGACAGAAUCCCUACGAAUUCGUCAACGGAGGUAGCGAUGUCGUCGGCUUAAUCUUCCUCGAAAUUUGCAACAUUACCGACCUUCCUCCCGAAUCCAACUUCACGAAAACCAGCUUCGAUAUGGAUCCCUUUGUCGUUGCAUCCUUAGGCAAAAAAACGUAUCGCACGCGCGUUGUCCGACACAACCUAAAUCCUGUCUUCAACGAGAAGAUGCUAUUUCACGUACUAAACCACGAGCAAUCGUAUUCGUUUGCUUUCACAGUCAUCGAUCGCGACAAGUAUUCCGGAAAUGACUUUAUUGCCUCGGCCUCCUUUCCCUUGCAGGGAUUAAUCGAAAGGAGCCCUAAAGCCAAUCCUGAAACUGGAUUGUAUGACUUGAAGGAGCCAGCUGAGUAUGUCCCAGCCCAAAAGUCAAGGCUCGCAAGACUCGGCCUCUCGCGAUCAUCCUCAACUCAGAGCUUAAGUAAAAACAGGCCCAUGUUGCCCAAGAAUUCUAGUGGGGCUCCGGCAACAUCCCAAGAACAGGGAGAGUCGAAGGCAGCACCAACAACUGUCCCCAGUCCCGGGUUGCUUCAACCAGAGCAAGUUCCGAACCUCAACAGCGGCAACGGAAGCGGCGAGGGCAACGAGUUUGACGACACCGAUUUUACCGUUGUCACAAUUCCGUUGAAGAUGAAGAAUUUGGAAAAAUGGGAAGCCAAACAUAGCCCGAUGCUGACUAUUCGUGCUAAGUAUAUGCCGUAUCCUGCUUUAAGACAACAGUUCUGGCGGGCUAUGUUAAGACAGUAUGACGCGGAUGAAAGUGGUGAGAUCAGUAAAGUUGAAUUGACCACUAUGCUCGACACGCUUGGCUCAACCCUGCGAGAAUCGACCAUUGACAGUUUCUUCCAACGAUUCCCCCAUAAGGCAAAGAGUGGGGAGCAGGAACUUACCAUGGAUGAGGCUGUCAUAUGUUUAGAAGAUCAGCUGGAUGCCAAGAACAAAUCAGCUCCGGUGACUGAGAAGCUGAAGAAUAUGCUGCCUGACACAGAAAAGGUGAAGAACAUGCUGAAUCUGACGAGUCAGCCUGGCAGUGUCACGCCUUCAGAAGAAGGCUCCUUUACUCUAAACGCAGAAGACUCGACUGUUCAAGGGACUGUACCUGGAACGUCGACUAUUACUGUCCCCGAUCUCAGUACAUCUGGGGAAGAGGGCGAUGCAUUGGAUAAGGAUGACCUCAAUAUUGACCGCGGUGAGGAACAUGUCGUAGAGAUUCGGGAAUGUCCCAUCUGCCACCAGCCUCGACUCAACAAACGAAAGGAUGCUGAUAUUAUCACCCACAUUGCUACGUGCGCCAGCCAGGACUGGCGUCAGGUAAAUUCAUUAAUGAUGGGUGGGUUCGUCACAGCUAGUCAAGCACAAAGAAAAUGGUAUUCUAAGGUUAUCACGAAAAUUUCGUAUGGUGGUUAUAAACUCGGCGCCAACUCGGCAAACAUUUUGGUACAGGAUCGCCUGACUGGACAGAUCAACGAGGAAAAGAUGAGUGUAUACGUACGACUGGGCAUCCGAUUACUAUACAAGGGCUUGAAAUCUAAGGAUAUGGAAAACAAGCGAAUCCGCAAGCUUCUGAAGAGUCUAAGUAUCAAACAAGGUAAAAAAUACGACGAUCCUGCUUCGAAGGCUCAGAUCCCAGGCUUUAUCCAAUUCCAUCAGCUGGACAUGUCUGAGGUUUUACUCCCUGUCGAGGAAUUUAAGAACUUCAACGAGUUCUUCUACCGCGCCCUCAAGCCAAACGCGCGGCCCUGCUCGGCUCCGGACAACCCCCACAUCAUCGUAUCGCCCGCCGACUGCAGGUGUGUCGUGUUCAACAGUAUUGACGCGGCAACUAACAUCUGGAUCAAGGGCCGCGAGUUCUCCAUUAAGCGACUACUCGGAGACGCUUAUCCGGAAGAUGCUAAGCGCUAUGAGAAUGGUGCACUAGGGAUCUUCCGUCUAGCUCCUCAGGAUUACCACAGGUUCCACAUUCCUGUAGAUGGUAUUCUCCGUAAGCCUAAACUUAUUGCUGGUGAAUACUACACGGUCAAUCCCAUGGCGAUCCGGUCUGCUCUAGACGUAUACGGCGAGAACGUCCGCGUCCUCUGUCCUAUCGAUACCGAACUGUUUGGUCGAGUUAUGGUUAUUUGCGUUGGUGCUAUGAUGGUUGGCAGUACGGUUAUCACUCGAAACGAGGGAGAGGAAGUGAAACGAGCCGAGGAACUUGGAUAUUUCAAAUUUGGCGGCAGCACUAUCGUUACACUAUUUGAACCCGGCAAGAUGGUAUUUGAUGAUGACCUUGUAGACAACUCGAACAGCGCUCUGGAGACACUGAUUCGAGCCGGCAUGUCAGUUGGACAUUCUCCACAGGUACCUCAGUUUACACCAGACAUGCGCAAGGAUGAGAAAGACGUUACGGAAGCGGAGAAGGCAGAAGCUCAUCGCCGUAUCCGUGGUGGUGGUGACAGCCCAGACGAAGCGUCUUUAACAUAG